ACACCGCCGUGGGUUGGCAGUGCGUACGGGCACGUGUGUUCAGUUCCAGUUUUAUUCGGUUUUACUGGUCGCUUUUACCUGAGUUUUCGUCUCAGUUGCGAGGUAAGCAUCUUGAUGCCGUUGCAGAUAUUCUACAAGCGAGUAUAAGUGUUUAUUUCUCGUUGGUUCUGUAUAAAACAUUCCAUGGAUCGUGUUCAAGAGGAGCCCGAGCAUGCCAGUCUAUCGUAUGCUUCCCUAACAGACUCCGUGACGUCCAUGAUGAACGGCGUGGAGCUGGAAGGUCUGACGUCGAACGGAGGCGUGCAUGCCGCCCAGGCCGACUCGAAGCCGGGCCACGGCGCCGUCAGCAGCGGCGGCGGCACCAGCCCUGGGCCCGGGCCCGGCCACGCGCCCCAGUCCUGCCAGACCGAGGAGUCCAAGACCAACCUGAUCGUCAACUACCUGCCGCAGACCAUGUCGCAGGAGGAGAUUCGCAGCCUCUUCUCCAGCGUUGGCGAGGUCGAGAGCUGCAAGCUGAUCCGCGACAAGGUGACAGGUACGGACGCGUGCGGCGCGCAGGCAGGGGCCGGGUUCGGCGCCGGACUGGUUUGCUCUGUCGCCUAG